AUGCUAUACCUAAAGUUCAGAAAAGCAAUAUUCUUGCUGUUAAUUCCUACAAUCGUAACCGCAACCACCGUUGCUGCAAUCGUUGCACGACGACACCACCUAGUCUGGCCUCUCAUCGCCACCUCGUUGUUCCACGUCGUGCUCGCUUGCUAUUCACUGCUCAUCUUUUCGUUCUAUUUCUUCUUUAAGCCACUGUACAUAAUUAUGGUGCUCAAUUGGGCUUUUGACAGUGAGUGUUUGAAGAUUGUUUCGUUUCUUCGGGCAGGUGAACAUAUUUGCUUUUUGCUUUUUAAAUGCUUGUUAUGCUUACAAAGGUUGGGUUUAAAAGACUAUAACAUGCAAUAA